CAUCGCUCAACCUCUGCCCGGCCUGUCCACCUCCAUCUCCCCAUCGCAGCAUCAUGAGUAUCAGGAACACAGUAGUGAACCGCUCAAGGGCCCAACCCACAAAAGCGGGUUUCAGCAGCAUGUCCCUUGGAUCCUACUCCAUCCCCAGGAUCAGCACCGGGACUAACCAGGUACCCCAGAUUACAGCUGUGAGGGUCAACAGGAGCCUUCUCACCCCACUGAAUGUAGACAUCGACCCCACCAUCCAAAGCGUUCGCACCCAAGAGAAAGACCAGAUCAAGACUCUCAACAACCGCUUCGCCUCAUUCAUUGACAAGGUGAGAUUCCUUGAACAGCAGAACAAAAUGUUGGAAACCAAGUGGAAACUGUUGCAGGGACAGACUACAGCCACCUCCAACGUCGAGCCUAUGCUGAAGAGCUACAUUGCUAAUCUGCAAAGGCAACUGGAGUGUCUGAACAGUGAUAAGCACAGACUCGAAGCGGAGAAUGACGGCAUGCACAGAAAUGUGGAGGACUAUAAGACAAAGUAUGAAGAUGAGAUCAACAGGAGGAAUGAUGCAGAGAAUGAGUUUGUCAUGCUCAAAAAGGAUGUCGAUGCAGGCUAUUUGUCCAAGGUGGACCUGGAUGAAAAACUGACUUCUCUGAAUGAAGAAGUAACCUUCCUGAGGGCCCUGUAUGAAAUGGAGCUCCGUGAGCUGCAGGACAGCCUGAAGGACACGUCUGUGGUGGUGCAGAUGGACAAUGCCCGUGGCCUAAACAUGGAUCAGAUUGUGUCUGAAGUUAAAGCUCAAUAUGAAGACAUUGCUGCUCGAAGCCGUGAUGAAGCUGAAACUUGGUACAAGAAGAAGUUUAGCCAGAUGACAACUGAGGCCGACCAGUAUGGAAAUGAACUGCGUACCACCAAAGGGGAAAUAGCUGAGCUUAAUCGAAUGAUCAGGCGACUGCAGAAUGAGAUUGAGGCUGUAAAGACACAGCGUGCCAGCCUGGAGAAACAGAUCGCUGAAGCAGAGGAGCAUGGGGAAGAUGCCAUACGGGAUGCCAAUGCUCGCAUCAAGGAACUGGAGGUGGCUCUGCAGAGGGCCAAGCAGGAUAUGGCUCGGCAGGUUAGAGAGUACCAGGAGCUCAUGAAUGUCAAACUGGCCCUGGACAUAGAGAUCACCACCUACAGGAAGCUGCUGGAAGGAGAGGAGGAAAGACUGGGACAGCAGUCGGUUGUCGGCAUCCACACAGUUCCUUCUAAAUUUUGAUCCUCUUCCCAGCAGCCAUCCCAGCGUUCAACCAUGAGCGACGGACAUCAGGCCCGCUUGUCAUCAAGACAGAGACACACAACACAACAUUCAAGGAAUAUAUAUUAAACAAAGCAGUAAAUGACUCUUAGGUAUCACUGGCCAUUACUAUACCUAUAAGAAAUUCUCAUAAUAUGCCUGCAACAAUGAGCCUUAUGUGUGUAAUAUUUUUUUCUGUGGUGUUAAAUCUCUCAAAAUUGACCAACUGUGAUAAAUAAAGAUGUACUCAACCACA